ACAGCUGGAAAUGCCAAACAUUUCCCCUCUUGGAAGUACAAAGCUGUGAGAGUUCAUUUGACAAGUUCGCAUUGUUUUUCAUCGCAAAUUUCUCAAUUUAUUCUCUUAAAAACUACUCAAAAUCACCAUAAACAUGUCGGAGAAGAAGAAAUACAAGAGAAGUAAGGAGGAAAUUGCUAAAGAAUUCGACUUGCCGGAGAGAAAAAGCAAAAUUGCCACAAUAAUGAAGCAGGAUGGGCAAGCAUACUGCAUCUGCAGGUCUUCCGACUGUUCCCGAUUUAUGAUUGGCUGCGAUGGAUGCGAAGAAUGGUACCAUGGGGAUUGUAUUAAUAUUUCUGAGAAGGAAUCCAAGCACAUUAAGCACUACUACUGCCAAAGAUGCAGAGAUGAGGAUCCAACACUCCAGACAGUUUUCCGGGCAAUUCCAGCUGUCACUUCCAGACAUGAUGAACAUGUCCAGGAAGCACCAAAAGUCGUGCCUAAGAAACGAGAGAGUACUUCUUCCAAGAGUCACACAAGAUGUGGAAAUUGUAGUGGAUGCAAUGCCUCUAAAUGUGGCAAUUGUUCAGCUUGCUUGUCCAAGAGAUCGCGGUGUGAGAAGAGAAUUUGCACUGGCAACAGUAAGCAGCCCAAAUCGCAGAAACCCAAGCACUACGUGUCCAGGCGACGUCAUCGAUCUGUCACUCCGGAACCUGUCAUCAAUCCAGCUCUCGAGGGUCAACGACAGUGCUACGGUCCAGGAUGUCGCAUGACAGCACGUCCUCAGUCCAAGUAUUGCUCAGAUGAGUGUGGAAUCAAAUUGGCCACUGGACGCAUCUACCAGGUUCUUCCGCAGAGACUUCAAGAGUGGAACUUGAGUCAAUGUCGAGCCGAAGUGAUUAAUCGCAAGCAAUUGGAUACCAUUCGAGCCAAGCAAGCAACAGUCAGGGCAACCCUGGCUGAAUUGGACAAGAGACACGCUGAACUGGAUUUAUUGGUGGAAAGAGCAAAACGCUGUACCUUGGAUCCCAAGGCACUGGACAACACCGAAGCUGAAGAUGAAAUGUCAAUGUACUGCAUAACCUGUGGACAUGAGAUUCACUCCAAGACAGCCAUUCGACAUAUGGAAAAGUGCUUCAACAAAUACGAGAGUCAAACGAGCUUCGGCAGUAUCUUCAAGACUCGCAUUGACGGUGGUAAUCCCAUGUUCUGUGACUUCUACAAUCCCAACAACAAAACCUACUGCAAGCGCCUUCGGGUUCUCUGUCCAGAACACUGCAAAGAUCCCAAAGUCAGCGAUUCGGACGUCUGUGGUUGUCCCCUGAUUAAAAAUGUCUUCGAAUUGGCUGGAGAAUUUUGCCGUGCACCCAAAAAAUCCUGCUUCCGUCACUAUGUCUGGGAGAAAAUUCGCCGGGCUGAGAUUGACUUGGAACGUGUGAGGCAAUGGCUAAAGAUGGACGAACUCAUGGAGCAGGAACGUCAAAUCCGUACUGCCAUGGCAUCAAGGGCCGGAGUUUUGGGACUUAUGCUCCAUUCAACAUACAAUCAUGAGAUUAUGGAAAAACUCUGCCCACAGCAGGGUCCACAGAGAUAAAUUUUGUGCAGAAAAUCUAAACACAAAAUAAAGUUUAUUGAAAAAAGAAAA